AUUGAUAACUUGAGCGAUGCCUUGAUUGACUGCUCUGGGUGACGCGGUAGGUGCUCGUCUCCCCGCUUACCACUGUAGCCAGUUGAGUCAGAAACACCACCACCAUGCCCAGGCCCGCCCAAACCCUCCUUCGUGCAUGGCUGCUUCAGCUGUCGCCGCGUCACCCCUUGCCGCUCAUGAAUGAGUAUCUAGUCAGUGACCAGCAUUUAGUGAGAUGUUGUAGCCUCUAUAUGGCCAAGUUGUAUCCUUUAUUAAUCCCUUCUAUCAAUCUACUUGCCCGUGUCUCCUGCCCGUGUCCACAGAAAACAGUCCGUCUAAACGCCCGACCAUGAACACGCUUACACUUGAUUGAUCGCAAAUAUGCUACAAGAGACGAGAAGGAAAUAAGU